CUUAUCUGUCGACCUCAAAAUAAAUAAUUUUUAUUUGGAAAAUCUCACCUUUGCUUAUAAUCAUUCAUUUAAUUUGAUCUAUAUAAAGAAUUUGCGGUAUUUUAUUUCCGAAUUCCCUGCCUUUUUCCCGCCGAAGAUAAGAGCUCGAUGACGAUAACUUUCAAAUGAAAGGGUGAAACAGCAUAAUCAACAGCUAGGAAAAUCUCUGAAAAAUUUAGCCAUGAUUUUGGUCAUUUUGGUUAUUUCCGUUCUUUCUUCCGCUUGGAGUUGCCCCCAAGAAGCACUCCCUCCCUGUAAAUGCAGAACCACACCGUCAGGGAACAACGACGUCACAUGCGUUGCUGCAACAAGUGUCGAUGACCUGCAGAAGUCACUUCAAGGAAUGAAAGAUCGCCCAAUAGACGCUUUGCGCAUCAUUGACAGCUCCCUCCUGUAUUUCCCCAGCGAUAUGUUCGAAGGGUUCUCCAUAGCAAAAUUACAUCUAAUCUUCACUACUCUAAGAGACCUGAGUGAUACAGAAGUAGCAUUCAAAGGCCUUGAGAGCAGCUUGAAAACUUUAAUCAUGCAGGGGUGCGCUGUCUUUAAUGGAUGGACAUGGUCAGAGUUGCGUAAUUUGACACAUCUGACCGCUAUUAGGACAGUGAAGUCAGGAUUAGACAUCAUCGAUUCAGAUAUAGAGGAUAUCGCGCACCUGAAUUUGGACACCAUUGUAUUCGUGCAAGAUACGGUUUCCUAUAUCGACGAUGGGGCAUUUUCUCAUUUUCAGAACUUGAAGGUGUUGAAUAUAAAAAGGAAUCUUAUUUCCGAAAUUAAGAGAUCCAUGUUUCCGAAUCCUGCCCCAAAACUCACAGAGCUACAUAUAAGCUACAACCGAAUUGAAACACUGCCUGAUGAUGCAUUCACGAAUAUGCCGAGUCUUACAACACUCGUGAUUGCCGGCAACAAGCUCGUAACACUGGAGAGACAAAUAGUCUCACCAGUAUGGAAACAGUUAAAGAAAUUUGACUUUUCAGAUAGCCCCUUGAUUUGCGAUUGUAGAAUCAAAUGGAUGCUUCAGGAUGGUCUGCCACCUGCCACUUACGCGGAGUGUGACCAGCCACAGAGCCUAAAAUUUUCAUAUGUCAUAGACUUGAAACUGGCUGACCUCUCUUGCUAACGACAGAAGUUUCUUCGUUUUAUUCAAACUUUCUAUCAAUUAUGCUACUGUUUUAUGCCGUAAUAUUUCAGAAUGCACUUCUAUUUUUUUUAAUAUAAUUCUUUUGAUUUUUGUUCAUAACAAAAAAAAUGCUUUUUAUAAAACAUUUGAAAGUGGAAUAAACACAUUUUUAAAGCCUAAUAAAUAAAAUAAAAUAUGAAAAU